AUGAAGAAAAAGGUUUCAAAUAAUUCACCAAGUAAAGCUAAGAAAAUAAAUAUUUUAAAACAAAAGGUUUUAAAAUAGAAAGCAAGUCUUAAAAAUAAGAUAAAAGCUAAUUAGAAAGAGCAGCAGCAGGAUAAAAAGAUGCCUAGAAAAAAAAUUUAAAAAAAAAAAUCAGCCAAACAGAAUGGAAAUAAUUCCGAAGAAUACUAUCCUUCAGAGCAUGACUAAGAAAUAUCGGAUUCUUAGUAAAUUGAUAAAUAUGAUAAUUCAGAAAAUAGUAAUGCAUCUGAGACUAAUCAGUCAGUCUCUUAAGAAGCAGAAAGCGCUUAGCAAUCAGAAGUUUCCUCUUAGUUAGAAUAAAACGAAGAAAAUUCAAGCCCUGAAAUGAAUAGCAAUAGUAGUGAUUAGACUGAUAAUGAUGAAAGUGAAUAAGAAGAUUCUGAAUAAUUAUCUUCAAAUAAUUCUGUUUCAGAAGCAGAGAGCAGUAAUAGCGCUGAUAAGGAAGAUGGAUAAUCUAUUGAAUAAAGUCAAAUACAAACAGAUUCAGAAAAUUCAGGCUAAAUGCAGAGCGGAGGUUCAGAUGAUGAUUAAGAAGGGUCAGAGCAAGUAGAAGAUUCAUAAAAUGAAAAUUCUGUUAACUUAGAAAACUCUAAUUAAAGUAGUAAUCAAACAGAAGAUGAAAAUGGCGUUGAAGAAGACAAUUAGAGUGAAACAGAAAGAGAUGAGAAUGGUAGGAAAAAAAUAUAUAGAAGAAAAGCGAUAGAUAUCCUGAAGGAAUAUAAAUGCAAAGUACCCAAAUGUGGAAGACUCUAUGGGUCAUAUUAAGCUUUAUACACUCAUUUAAAAACAAAACAUGAAAAUUUAGGAUAGGAUAAGUUGUAUGUAUUAGCUGACAAGGAAAGAAAAAGACUUUUAAAAUUGCAAGAGGCCAAAAGUAAGAAUGAAAAGUAAGAUGGGUAAUCUGAAUAGUCAGAAAGUGAAGCAAGAUCAGAUUAACAAAUAAAAGAUGAGGAAGGAUAAGAAAUCAAUUCAUAGUGUGAUGAUGAAUAGUCAGUAUCAGGAUCAACAAGUUCUAAAUAAAAAUUAUAAAAUAAAUAGAAAGUAUAAGAUGAAAAGAGAAAGAGAACUUCAAAAAAUAAGAUUUAAAUAGAAUCUAAGAGCAAAGAUGGUAAAAUAUAAACUAAACAAAAUAAGUCGGAUUUAAAAAACUUAGCAUAAAAUUCCUCAUAAUCAUAUAUUGAUGAUGAAGAAGAAGAAGAUGUUGAAGAAAAUUAAAGUGAUCAAGAAAGCAUAAAUACAAUUUCAGAUAACUAAUAAGAAGAGUUGUAUAAAUAAAAAAGAAAUAGCUCUAAAAGGGUGAAAGAAAUUUAUGUAGAAAAGUAUAUGCAUCUAAUUAAGCCUGGAUUAGUGAACUAGAAUCAAAUAAAGAAACUAUUGAAAAACAAACAACAGCAGAAGAAAUUUGAAAGAACAAAAGAUUAAUAGGCAGAUGAAGAAGAAGAAGAAUAAGAAAUCGAAAUAGGCAAAUUAUAAAGUAAAAAGCACAACAACAAGGAAAAAACAAAAACAGGGUCUAAAGUUAAUGCUAAUGUAAAAAUUAAUGGAGCUGAAGAAGAAAUAUAAAACGAAGAUGCACUUUAAAUGUACAAUUAAGAAGAGAAUAGUGAAGAAGUGCAACAAAAGAAAGGGCCUGGAAGACCAAAAAAGAAAAAAAAUGUAGUGGCAAUAAGGAGAACGUAUGGAAGUGUGGAAUAAAUGAUUUAGAAGAGUAUUAAUAAACAGCUUGCUUUGGCAGAGAUUAAAAAAUAAUAAAGGAACCUCAAAUUGUAAAAAGUUGAUAAGAAAAAAGUUAGCGAAUUAAAUGUGUUUUAGCCAACAUAUCUAUACGAUUUAGUUAAGGAAAUAUAAUUAAGCUCAGAGGAACUAGGAGAGGAAUUAAGUAACUAAAUAGUGUUAGAAAACUUAGAGGAUUCUAUAAUUUAAAUAGGUUCUAACAAAAACGAUGACAAUAAUAGUCUAUCAUAAAAUAAUAAAAAAAAAUAAAGUAAAAAGAAAAAAGGCAAGUAGGAAGUAGAAAAAGUGAAGGAUUAUGUAGAUGAUUAUCCAGAUGUUAAUCAAAAUAGUUCCUUUUUAUUGGAACCUCUUAAAAAACAAUUACAUUAUGUGAAAAACCUUGAUUAAGAAUUAAAAAAUGAAGAAAUUUAGGGAAUCGGACUGAGAUUAGCUUAUUGCUUAAAAAUCCUUUCAAAAUAUGUAAGUAGGGAUUUCUAUUAGGAGAUGGUAUACUUUAUGAGCUAUUUGCUUCGUAUUCUUUCAAUAAAAAAAUCUGGAUAGUAUUUUGAUAUGCUCUAAGACUUUUUGUCUAUUUAUGAAUAUAUGAUGAACUCAAUAUAAUAUGGGGGAUUUGUUAAAUGUUUUCCUAUUUUUUCUUAAUUUACUGAUACAAGUAAAGUAUAUAACUUUCCUAAAAAUAUAAUCCUAUAAAUUUUAAAGGUUCUAUUUAAAAAUAAUAAUGCUUAUUCCUAAAACCUAUACUAACAAUAUUAUUAUUACAACUAAGCACAAACAUCAUAAUUUUGA